CACUGACAGCUCUCCUCUGGUUUAGUUUAGUGACCAGUUGUCACCGUGAUUUAUUUAGCGCGCGCAACGAAACAUAUUAGGCAUGAUGGUGAGCGUAUUGUAUUGAGUUCUUCCCUCUAGCUCAAGGUUUUCUUCGAUGUGGGACAUGAACACAUUAGCUAGUAAGGGACCCAGAGGGGAUCCCAUAGCCAUCCGACUGUUCGUACAGGGCUCCAGUGAAUUGAAAACCUUGAGCUAGAGGGUAAACUCCCUUCUUUCUAUCGAAGAUAUGUUGACGAUACGCUCGCCAUCAUGUCGAAUAUAGCAACAACAUCUAACUUCCUGGACACGCUUAACAAAGUACAUUCCUCUGUAAAAUUCACGAUGGAAACCGAACGCAAUGGAAUGCUCCCAUUUCUGGGUAUCCAGUUAUCGAAUCGAUCGCCUCAAAUAGAGACAAAGGUGCACAUAAAACCCACUAACUCAGGUCUGCUCUUGCACUGUCAGAGUCAUGUUGACAAUAGGUGCCAAAAUGGCUUGCUGAGAACUAUGCUUGAUCAAGCAGAUCGUUUAUCCUCAUCUUGUCUUGAAGAUUGUAUUCUCCCGUUCAGUUUGAAGUACCCGAAACGCCUCGUUAACUCUACCAUCAAAAGUUUCGUUGACUCAAAGGUUUGUGACCAGCAACGACUUUUAUCACCAUCUCAAGAGACAGAUGACACGAUUCGAGUAACUUUAUUACAAUUUAAAGACCAAAUCUCAGCAGAUAUUGCGGGGAAACAACUUAAGGAUCCGAGCUUAAAAGUACAAAUCACCAUCCAGCCUAUGUUUGUGAGCCGAAAAAUUGAACGAGAACUAAAUGUGAAAGAAACAAAGCCACCGAUUGUGAAUCAGCAGUGUGUUGUUUACAGUUUUCAAUGUGACCUGUGUGAUGCGGGUUAUGUAGGUUACACACGCGGACAUUUACAUAAUCGUGUAAAAGGACAUAAACAAUAAUCCUCCGCCAUUGCCAAACACUAAAAGAACGUGCAUAGGACAAUGCCUCAGGAUCUGCUAAAGUGUUUCCAUGUGCUUAAGAAAUGCAGAAACAAAUUCGACUGUUUAGUGCAAGAAAUGCUUUUUAUAAGAGCUUUAAAGCCAAAUCUAAACGCGCAAUCAGAUUCCAUUCGUGCGAAAGUAUUUUCAUAAUCUUCGCACCCUUUUAUGUUAAUUCUUCAGGCCAAAAUCGCUUUAAAUGCUGUAAUUUGCAUGAUCUAACAUAUAUUUUCCCUUGAUAAUGGAGUCAUGAAUACUCCGAAACGUCGGAUUUUAUCGUUCGUUUUUGCCGUUUUAUGUUUUAAGAAAUCUCUUUUGAUACGAAAAAGAGGACGGAGAUUCUUUUGUUUUUACACAAUGAUAAUUUUGACUUGAUGGGUACAAAAUUUAAAUGUGUGGCCAACUGUUCCAGUAGUAUGAAGACUUUGAUUAUUAAAAACAAUUAUAUUUGAAAUGUGUAACAAUUCCUGUUAUAAAAAAAAGGAUAACGGAUCACAGGAUACAAGGUCAGUAGACACGGCUUCUGAUUGGCUAAGCCGGCUGACUUGGGUAAAGUAACCCUGAAAACCAUUAUCGCGGCCAUGAUUGUCAAUGAGGUCUAUGAAUUUUUCAGAUGCCAAGAAGACCUUUCCUUGCUAUGAAAAGUCUACCACUUUUUGUUCAAGUCAUCGCCUAUUUCAAAUUAUUUUUCGUAACAAUUUCCCAGCAGGAAGAAGUGUCAAGCAAACUUCGAAACAAGCCACUUGGAGCAAGGUUAUAGGUGAUGGUGAACUAAUUCCACAACAGUGCAAGCCUAUUACAACGAACACACUCGGUUCUAACAGUUACCUUCUUUAAACACUCGCAAAUGUGGAGGCAUGGUGGCCUAAGGGUUUGUGUGCAAAACUCUGCACCAAGCUUUCCCAUUUCCAGUUCUACGUAAUGGGGUCAAAUCACCAUCUCCGUUUGCAAGGGUAAGUUCUUUCAAUGCACACGCACGAUUAUAUCACUGUUUCAGCUAGAAAAUAAAGGUCAAGUCAAGCCAUCUUUAUUUAGGCAGGGUAACCCCAUUACCCCAUCAGCCAUAGGAUGGUAUCAAAAGAGGCCCUGCGUAAAAUGUAGACUACAUGAUAAAAAAUUCAGAAUUUAAAAAUUACCGCAAAGUUAUGUACAAGGAGUUUAAAAACUGAAAAUGAAAUUACAUUUCAAUUACAAAGUGCUGAUUUAUAACAGCUGCCAGGAGUGAUGGCGGUUAUUUUCGGUCUUUAUUUAAAGUCUUAGUGGGUUCUUCUGGAAGAGGUUGUCUAGCUAUCCAAUCCAACCCCCUUGUUCUGAAGAGGGUAAGCUAUCUUAGCAAUCCUCCGCUCCCCCCUCCCCCGCUUCCCCCGCCCCAACCCCACUUCCUCCAAUGGCCCUUGUAGCUCUCUAAAUAAAACCAGGAUAAACUAAUUUCCACGCGAAAAAUUUAGGUUUUAUUGAACCUUUAAUAAAUAGAAAACCACUAUCUACAUACAAUCAGUAAAAACAGUGCAGCAAGAUUUUAACUUAACCAGUGACCACUGGUGGCAACAGCUUUUUUAAUCACCAACAGUAGCAGCAAGAAGUAGCAGCAAUCACAAGCGAGGGUCUAUGUUCAUACAAGACACUUUAUUCCAGCUUGACUUUAAAUGUGAUUCAAAUCGACUUCACUUUGUAUUGAAACGACUGGACACCCCGCUUGAGAUAACUGUACAACAUUUGGAACCUGACUAGUUUGCACCAAAAAUCUUUGAUACACAGUGCAUCCAAAAAACAUGCCUUAAUGGUAAAUAUUCACUCUUUGUUUUUUUUUUUUUUUCACCUCAAUUAACUAUUGCUGUAAUCCCAAUUAAAAAUUCAACCAAACAUUCAUUAGUCAGAGCAGUUUUCAAUUGAGUGUCGUAAAAAAGACAAAGUAACCCCUCCAGCCAAUCACAAAAGACUCGGACAAUCUAGUGAACCAAUCAAAACUUGAAAUACAUGUAGCUGACGCGACGCGCGGGAAAACGCAAGGACGAUUCAAAUUUGGAUUUCUUUUUACUUCUGAUUGGACGAAAAAGUGACAGGAGUUUUUUUGAGCCACUCGUGUAGUGUGGUAAUGCAAGAACAAAGCAACUGGGAAUUACUUUUGACACUCAAUUGAAAACUGCUCUAUCUUCCAGGCCUAGGUCACGGAGUAUGUCACACAAGAACUGUCUUCAGUGGUAUGAAACCUUUAAAUAAUGUUUUCAACCCUUUG